UGAUCAAACUGUUACCAAAAACAAAAAACGAUUAUUUGACACAUUAACCUUAAUUUUCUCUUCUUUCUCUGCGAUCUUUUAUCUUCCUCUUUGUUAUUCUGAAAAACUCUUACUUUCCAUGGAAAAAAGUAGAUUCAUUCUUCUGCCCAAUUUCGGAGACGGAAAUUCCUCAUAGAUUUGCUCCUACGAACAAAAAGAUGCAACGUGUGUUGAAAUUUCUGAAGUUGUCUGCUCCGGAUGCUUCUUUGGUUUGCAAUGUCUGUUGAAAUUUGUGAAGUUGGCUUCUUCAAAUACUUCUUUGGUUUCUUAUUUUUUACACUCUAAUUGGCUGGCACAUGUCCGUGCCUCGCACGGGCACACUACAUCUAGUAACAAAAGAGAGGGGAAAGCGACUCUGGUGGGGUUGAUGGUAUCUUCUUCGAAUUUGAAUUGAAUUGAAUUCAAUGGAGAAGAAUAUCUGUUAAUAAGAUUGCAAAAAAUAAAUGAUAAAAAUGUUAGAAGAAGACAAAGAUUUCCUGGAAUCAGAAACACAACUUACCGAUGACCAGAAAAUUGAGAUUGCCAAAUGGUUCCUUCUUAAUGCCCCAGCCGGUGAAAUUCAGUACGUCGCCAAAGACGUUAGAGCUAUUUUAAAGGACGAAAAUAUAUAUAAGAAAGCGGCUGAGGAGUCAUUUCCUUCGUACAACAAAUCUCACUUGAUUUGUCUCGAAUUCCCAAACAGAAGUGGCGAUGUACUGAUUACAUCAUUUAGUGAGGUUGAUAAGGAUGAGUAUCUUGAUCCCCGGACUGCCCAGGUUGCCAGAGUUGACCAUGUCAAGCAAGUUUGUAAAGACGUUAGGCCAGCAAGAGAUGAAGAACUUCCAUCUGCUUUCGUGGAAGAGUAUAGGUCUGCCAUGGAUGCUGAAAUUAUGAAGUAUGUGAGUGAAACAUAUCCAAAGGGCAUCUGUUCAGUUUACUGUACGAAGGGAAAGGAUGUGGAAGAGCCAGGAUUUGACUUUGAACUUGUUGUUGUGAUUUCAGCUGCUAGACAUAGUCCUCAGAAUUUCUGCAAUGGAAGCUGGCGCUCAAUAUGGAAUAUUGAAUUUAAGGACGAUAUUCAAUCUGUAGAAGUGAGAGGCGAGAUGCAGGUUGGCGCCCAUUACUUUGAAGAGGGAAAUGUACAGCUAGAUGCAAAACACAAAUGUAAGGAUACAACGCUAAUUCAGUCCCCAGAUGAUUCUGCAAUUUCCUUGGUCAACACUAUUCGCCACCAUGAGACUGAGUAUCUGGCUUCUCUUCAGGUUUUUACGUUGUUCCUGCAUCACAUUCAACCCCUCUUUCUAUCAUGUCACCUAACACUUCCCCCUUCCCUUCCCCUCUCUUCCACCACUUCUCUGUCAAGUCUCUGUUGCCAGUAUUUUCGUUCAAAGUUACUGAUCGACUUUUUACUGGCAGACAUCUUACUUGAAAUUGCCUGAUACCACUUUCAAGGACUUGCGGAGGAAGCUUCCCGUUACUCGUACAUUGUUCCCAUGGCACAACACUGCACAAUUUAGCCUUACAAGAGACAUUGAAAAAGAACUUGGAAUUGGAAAAUAGAAACAUUGCAUGUCUUUUUAUACAAGUUGAAUAUGUACAAAGUACACACCAUUCUUGAUAUGACAAGCGAGUUUACUCGAGAUUGCCGUCUCCGGCUAUUUGUUGCCUUCUUUCUAUUGUAUUCCUUUGAGAGAGGAAUUUUCAUGCUAAUUUGUGAACUGUCCCUUAGUUGUCAGUUUGCCAGUUGGGCUGAGAGAGUUGUGUAUGCUGUGAAGAGUUGUAAAGUACUGAUUUGGAAGUCGUUCUUCAUGUUUUUUAACCUUGA